GAAUGGCCGCGGCUUUGUAAAUCCAAGAUGGCCGAAGUAAACGGGGAAGUUGAWAUUGAAAUCAUUGAAGGCUGCAGGAUGCCGGUCAGAAUGAGUAAUUCAGACGAAUGGCCUCUGGCUGAAAUCAUAAGCAAAAAGGAAGCAAAGGACGGCUGGGAGUUUUAUGUCCACUACAUCGAUUUUAACAAGAGAUUGGAUGAAUGGGUGACAGAAGACAGAUUAGACAAAACAAAAAUUCAAUUACCUAAGAAAGAAGAUUCUAAAAAGAUCAGUAAAGGUGCAGCAGGAAGUAGACCACCCUCCCCUGAAAGAGACCUUGUAAAUGGCAAUGGAACAAGAACAAAAGCUGUCAUUGGAAGGAAAAGAAAAGCUAAUGCUAUGGACAAGUCAUCUGAUGACAUCAUUAUUGAAAGCCAAGAUAGUCCUACUAAAGAUUCCCCUCCAAAGAUAAAUAAUUUACGCAACCAUGGAAGCAUGGUCCACGAUAGAAGCAAUGAUGACAUUGUAACAAGGAUGAAAAAUAUUAACAUGGUGCAAGUGGGCAAGUUCAGGAUAAGGCCCUGGUAUUUCUCUCCCUAUCCUCCAGAGUUCACCAGGCUGCCUUUGAUAUAUCUGUGUGAAUUCUGCCUCAAGUUUGUCAAGAGUUUUACUUGCUUAAAAAGACACAUGUAUAUGCACAGAAUCUCUGUCUUCUGGCAAAGAUGUUUUUGGACCACAAAACCCUCUAUUAYGACACAGAUCCUUUCCUGUUUUACAUCAUGACAGAACGGGACAGUGCAGGAUUUCACAUUGUUGGUUUUUUCUCCAAGGAAAAAGAGUCAACAGAAGACUACAACGUGGCAUGUAUAUUAACGCUACCUCAGCAUCAAAGAAAAGGAUAUGGAAAACUACUCAUAGAAUUCAUGAGAUCUGUGAGCUUACCAGCAUAAGAAAAGAAGAUGUCGUAUCUACUUUACAACACUUGGGACUGAUACACUAUUACAAGGGACAAUACAUUCUAAGUCUAAACAAUGAGGUGCUUGAGGGCCACAAACGUGCUAUGGCCAAGAGAAAAAUAAGAAUAGAUUCAAAUUGUUUGCAUUGGACACCAAAGGACUGGGCCAAGAGAGGCAAAUGGUGAUUAUAGAACCACUGUGCCAGUACUAAUUGAAUCUAGAUAAUAUCAUACGAAUUCUGACCAAUAAAUAUUGACAAGCAGCUAAAUAACUCAAGAUGCAGUAAGACAGACAACAAAUUUGUGCAGCUCCCAAACCUUUUUUUGUGGUAAUCAAAAAAAAAUGCCUUGAAAAUUAAUUGCUUUGUAGCUUGCACAGUUACAUUGCAUGAGGAGUUGUUGCACAUUCUAUAUCGAGCAAAAGGUCUGUUUGUUUUAGUAUGAGCAAAAUAAAUAGUAGAACUGUAAAUAGCUGAAAUUUCAAAAAGGGCCAUUAUUUUCCUACUUGUGGGCUAUCACUAAUGGGAAUAUCUGUAUAGUAGCUUGGCCAAUAUAAGAAUUUGUGAUAGUCCUGAAGACAAAUAUUAGCAUUAACAGUAGACCAUGCAUGCACACAUUAUAUAGGUGUUUUGUCAAUCCUUGGUAGACUAGGCCUCGUAAUCAAUAUUUCUCAGUAUAUUAUUGCUUUGUUUGUCUUGUCCCAUCAUAUUUGUGUAUACUAAAGACAAAAUAUAUUAGUGUCUGAUUAUUACAAGCAGUCCCUGCACACAUUACAUAGGAUGUUCAUCAAUAAUAAUUAGUGGAUAGGCCAUUUGCAACAACACGUCACGUGACCCUA